CGGGAGAAGAAGAGCUGAAACGAGCUGAAUGAACUGAAAAGGCACAGAAGAAACAUUAAAGUUCCAAAAAGAAGAAAAUGUGAUUUAUCUGAUUAAUUUAAAAUCGUAUAAUUUUCUGUGCUCUUCGUACUGAGCGAUAACUAACGAACGUUAGAAAUGACAACCCUUGUCCUGGACAAUGGUGCUUACACGGCUAAGAUCGGAUACAGCCAUGAAAAAGUCAGCGUCAUUCCAAAUUGCCAGUUUCGCUCCAAAACACUGAGGCUAAAAACCUUCACCGCCAAUCAACUAGAUGAAAUCAAAGACCCGUCUGGACUCUUCUAUAUUCUCCCGUUUCAAAAGGGUUACCUUGUUAACUGGGAUGUGCAACGUAAAGUGUGGGAUCACCUGUUUGGAAAAGAGAUGUUUAAGGUUGACUUUGCUGACACCAGCGUAGUGAUAACAGAGCCCUACUUCAACUUCACCUCCAUUCAAGAAUCUAUGAACGAGAUUCUGUUUGAAGAGUACCAGUUUCAAGCAGCUCUGAGAAUCAAUGCUGGAUCCCUGAGUGCACACAGAUAUUUCCAGGAGAACAAUUCAGAGUUGUGCUGCAUUGUGGUGGAUAGUGGCUUCUCCUUCACACAUAUCGCCCCUUACUGUAGGGGAAGGAAGAUGAAGGAUGGUAUCUGCAGGAUAAAUGUAGGCGGAAAACUUCUCACCAACCACUUAAAAGAGAUCAUUUCAUACAGGCAGCUGCAUGUGAUGGAUGAGACACACGUAAUCAACCAAGUGAAGGAGGAUGUGUGCUAUGUGUCGCAGGACUUCUACAAAGACAUGGAGAUCACUCAGUUGAAAGGAGAAGAAAACCUGGUGAUGAGAGACUAUGUGCUACCAGAUUUUAGCUCCAUUAAAAAGGGCUUCUGUAAGCCUCGAGAGGAGAUGAAUUUCACAGGGAAGUAUAAGACAGGGGAGCAGAUCUUGCGGCUCAACAAUGAGAGGUUUGCUGUCCCAGAGAUGCUUUUCCACCCUUCAGAUAUUGGCAUCCAGGAGAUGGGCAUACCAGAAGCAUUAGUCAACUCAAUCAACAAAAUGCCUGAAGAAAUGCAGCCCCACUUCUAUAAGAACAUCGUCCUGACAGGUGGCAACACCUUGUUCCCAGGUUUCAGGGAUCGUGUGUAUAAGGAAGUCCGUGCACUUGCUCCUACUGAAUUCCAGGUUUCUGUAGUACUGCCACAAAAUCCAAUCUGCUACGCAUGGGAAGGAGGAAAACUCUUAGCAGAAAACCCAGACUUUGAGGAGAUGGUGGUCACACGAGAGGAUUAUGAAGAAAAUGGACAUUAUAUAUGCGAGGAGAAGUUUGACAUUUAAACUCCAGAAUUAUUUUGUGUGUUUUAUGUCUCAUCUAACAUCUGCUGUGGCAACACUCAUGUUGUUCUGCAACUGAAAAUCUGAAUUGUAAUUACUUUGUAAGUAUUUUUAGGAUUUUUUGUACUGUACUGAAUGCCUAAAAUGGAAUGAGGGGUAAUAAACAUGAUUUCAUACA